UAAUGUUCGAAACCCAUUCCAUAACUACACGAAUUAAAUUAAGAGGAAAUAGAAUAUAUACAAAAAGGAAUGGCCUCUAAUAAAGCAAUCUCAUUCCAUUAUAUAAUGCAUUAAUUCAUAAGAUUUUGCAAUUGGAAUGUCAAAAACGAAAUUUGGAACGAAAACUCAUUUACAAUCAAUAAGAAUCUUGGAUGGGUAAGGUUAUGCCCACUGAACAAAUGCUACCCUGA